UCAUACAUCUUCCAAUGUUGAAUUAGCUGUACAAGCAGAUCGUCUAGAUGCUGCUAUUGAUAUUGGAUCAGAUGUUCCAGGUGUUGGGAAAACUUCUAGUGACAAAGGAAAAGCUAAGGAUCAACAGGUUACUAAAUUAGCUUCUAAAGCUACUGAUGCUAAUAGGGAAGGACAGAAAAUUGACAAGGGAGAUCUUGUUAAAGGAGAUCGUGGAUCUGCUGAAGGUUCAAAUUUAGGGGCUGCUGUUACAUUGAAGACAAAUCGAGUUGCUGCUGGGGUUGUGAAACCUACUGCUGCACAUGCUGAUUUAAUUGAAAAAGCAUCAAGUCCAAUAGCAGAUCUUCAAAUAUUGGAUCAGUCAAAAAUAAUAAUUGGGCAGUAGUAAAUCGUACAAAGUCCUCACACUC